UUUACUCAGACAAACAAACAUCCAAACGCACAAACAGAGGGACAGAGAGAUUGAUUUUGAAUAUUUUGGGCAUCCACAUCCCAUGGUCUUGGUUGAAGAUCACAAUGCUGAUGCUAAUGAGGAUCAAAAUUGCAUAGGAUGCACAAAACCAAUAUUGGGUAUAGAUCCAAUCUACAGUUGCAAUGAGUGUUCAUUAUUUCUCCACAAAUCUUGUGCAGAACUACCCAAAGAAACUAACCACCCUGCCCACCCACAACACCCUUUGUCCCUCCUCUUUGAGCCUCACCUUACACAAAAAUGCGAUUCUUGCUUCGAAAAUUGGGGCAAUUUACUCUACUACUGUUCUCUCAGCGAGUUCAAACUUGACAUUCACUGCGCUACAUUGCCAAACACCAUAGAACACAUCGGUCACAACCACCCUCUACCUCUCCAAUUGAAGCAAGCAUCGUUCUCUUGCGAUGCCUGUGGCAAACCACAUAAUUAUGCGAGCAUUUCCUACCAAUGCACCACAUGCUACUAUUGGGUACACCACGAUUGUGUUUCAUUGCCGAACAGUGUCGCACAUAGCUCUCACAACCACCCUCUUACCCUGUCUAAUGCUUUUCAGUUAGAAUUUUCCAAGUUCAAGCUCUACUGUGAUAUCUGCUCUGAGGUGGUGAACCAAAAGAAUUGUGUUUAUAGUUGUGCAGGAUGCAGAUAUGUUGCCCAUGUUAAUUGGACAAAAGAAGAAGAAAUUGAUGAGCAUGUGGAUGAAAAGAGUGCAAAUGAAGAAAUUGAUGAAUGUAUCAAUUUCAACUUUUUCAUAGACGAAAAAAAUGAAGGCGAUGAACCUGAACCAUCCGAUCCAGUCUGCUUACCCAUGGCCGAUUCAUCAGUAAAUCUAGCAAACCAUCUUUUACAACAACUCAGCCGUAAAGACAACAGCAAACCAACUACGCUCGAGCAGAUCUAUCACGAUCACCCACUAACCCUCUUCGAGGUCUACUCUGGGAGAAACAGAGAACAAAUCUCGAAUGAAUUAAAGAACACUGAAAUGUGCAAUUCAUGCCUCGAACUCAUCUCAGCUCCUUACUAUGGUUGCUCUGAGUCCGACUGUGACUUCCUUCUCCACAAAUACUGUGCUGAUCUGCCAAGCAAAAUACAACAUCCACUUCACCCAAAACACACCCUCAAUCUCCUCACUAGCUGUUGUAUCUCCUGCAACGCCUGCGAUACUCUCUGCAACACAUUCGCUUACCAGUGCGGCGAAUGCUACAACUUUAACAUUGAUGUCAAGUGUGUUUCAUUUCCACUCACAAUCCGGCACGAUGCGCACGAGCAUGUCCUGGCUCUGGAUAAAGAUCCAGGACGUGCUCAUUGCAAUGCGUGUCAAAAAGAAUUUGGAGGGUAUGCACUCCGAUGCAGUGGCAGACACUGCAAUUUCAACCUCCACAUUGGUUGUGCUUCUCUGCCGCGUACAGUUAAGCACAGAUAUGACAAACAUGCCCUCGUGCUAACCUAUUGUCCUCUUGACAAAGAGUACUGUUGUAAGAUUUGUGAGAAGGAAAUGAACCCAAAACAUUGGUUCUAUUGUUGCGCGGAUUGUGAAGUUGGUUUGCAUCCCGAUUGCAUUUGUGACCUUGCUGAGCACCUAAAUUUCAAGUUUGAGGCUAAGAACCAUAGCGAUCAUCCUCACCCUCUGAGUUUUGUGAGGAAGUUGAAGGACAAUCCACCUCCAUGUGAUAACUGCGGCAAUCCGUGCGAUGACCUUGCCUUUCAAUGCGAGGAGUGUAAUUACAACCUCGACUUCAGCUGUGCAUCCAGGUUUGGGUAAUGUCAAGCAGUAUUGGGACACGUAUCAGUAUUGGCAAUACAGUCAUAUAUACCAUAUAAGCUGAAUUUUAAAACUCUGGUAAUGUGUGCAAGUUUUUAAUUUAAUUUACAGUAUGUUUUGAGUGUUUAUUGUUUGUAAAUUUGUUGGGAUCUUUCUCCCAUUUUUGGUGUUUUGAAUUUGUUGUAUUUUAUUCUUUACUGUAAGUGCAAUUUGUUGUACGUUUAUCUU